AUGCCAGAACUCCAGUAUCGUGGUCACAAGCCGGAAGAAGAGCCCGAAGCGCCGUUCACACCGCGGUCGCCACAGGGAGGACUCACGCGGCUGUUCCACUACAUGACUGGAACGCCCCGAAACAGAUUCAAGUUUGCGUACAUGGGUGGAUUGAUCUUUUUGUGGUGGUUCACAGCGUUCGUGAUGGAACGAGCUUAUCCUUCAUACAAGGUGUCGCAAUGUGACUGGUCAAACUGGGAACAGUGGGAAGACAACAAAGCCCACAGAGUGGCACUGGUGGCCGACCCCCAGCUGGUGGACGAUCACACCUACCCUGGAAGACCCGCCAGCAUGAUGCGUCUCACGGAGUUUGUGGUCGACAACUACCUGCGUCGCAACUGGGUGUACAUCCAGAAGAACCUGGUUCCUGAUACGACCAUAUUUCUGGGUGACCUAUUCGACGGAGGCAGAGCAUGGAAGGAUGACAAGUGGUACCCUGAGUUUGACCGAUGGAACCGCAUUUUCUCUCUGGAUCCUGGCCAGGACGUUAUCUGGUCGCUUCCAGGUAAUCACGACAUUGGAUACGGUAACGAGAUUGUUCCUCUUGCUCUAAAGCGGUUUGAGAAACACUUUGGACCUCUGUCUCGAGAGUUUGACAGAGGAAACCACACCUUUGUGCAGAUCGACACAAUCUCCAUGGAGAACAAGAACGACUCGCGCAUCUACGAGCCUCCAAAGGAGUUUGUGGACGAAUUCCGCGCCAGUCAGCCCCGCGACAAGCCUGCCAUUGUGCUCACCCAUGUUCCUUUCUACAGAAGCGAAGCCAACAGUAACUGCGGAAGACAACGAGAGAAAGGUCACAAGCUCAGCUACACCGUGGGACACCAAUACCAGACCCAGUUGGAGCCUGACGUGACCAACGGACUACUAACUGCUCUUAACCCUGUGCUCGUGUACUCUGGGGAUGACCACGACGCCUGUCACGUGACCCAUCCCUUUGUGUUCAACGGCAAGAAUCAGGUUGCUCAUGAGUACACUGUCAAGAGUAUCUCUAUGGCCAUGGGUAUCAACAAGCCCGGUAUUCAGCUCUUGUCCCUUAACACCAACGGAGAUGGACAGUCGUACAAGACGACCAUUUGUCUGAUGCCCAACCCUUUUGCUCCCUUCAUUGCCUAUGCUGUUCUUGGUAUUUCUUCUCUGGUCUUCCUGGUUCUCGUCCAUUACUUCCCCGCCAGGCUCACCAGUCUGACUCAGAAAUUCAAAUACCAUCCUUUAGACGAGAACAUUCUGCCUGUUUCUUCCAAGCCCACCGUGUUCAACCGGUUCAGCAAGCAUAUUACCAAGGCAUUCUUCAAGGACAUUGGAGUGGUGUUUCUUGCUAUGAUUGUUAUCUUCUGGUACUUUUUCACUUCCAUUUAUUGGCACACUUGA